AUGUCUGCCCCAACACCAUUACCAUUAGGUGAUGUUUCUAAAAUCCCACAAUUCCCAGGUGUCACCCCAGAAAAACCAAAACCAUCAGGAUUCUGGUCAUCAAAUCCAAUCUUUUCAUAUUUGAAUAACGUUUACAACAAUGUCCAUGAACAUCGUAAAUCAUUAAACUUAGUCAACCCGGGUACUGUUGAAAAUUUGAAUAAAGAAGUUUCAAGAGAUGUGUUUUUAAACCAAUAUUUCUUCACAGGUUUAAGAGCUGAUUUGAACAAAGCUUUUGCAUUAAACCCAGCAUUCCAAACAUCUCAUACCUUCUCAUUAGGCUCACAAUCAAUCCCACCAUAUGCUUUCAGUGCUCUUUAUGCUACUGAUAACUUCUUUGCUCAAGGUAACAUUGACAAUGAUUUCUCAUUAAGUGGUAGAGUUAACUAUGGUUGGGAUAAAUCAAACAUUUCAAAAGCCACUUUACAAAUUGCUAAAGGUCAACCAACUAUGCUUCAAUUAGAACAAGAUUUCCAAGCUAGUGAUUUCUCUGUUAACUUAAAAGCUUUGAACCCAUCUGUAUUAGAUGAUGGUAAAUUCACCGGUGUCGCUGUUGGUUCUGUUUUACAAUCUAUUACUCCAAAAUUAGCUGUUGGUUUAGAAACUGUUUACUCUGCUCAACCAACCAUGCCAGCUGAUUCUGCUGUUUCAUAUGUCGCUCGUUAUAACGCUGGUAACUGGAUCGCUUCUGCUCAAGUUCAAGCUCAAGGUUCAGUUGUUGCCUCAUUCUGGAGAAAAGUUGCUGAAAAUGUUGAAGCUGGUAUCGAAACUCAAUUACAAUCACAAUUAGUUCCAGUUGGUGGUGCUGAAGCUUUAAUGGGUGGUAUGCCACAAAUUCAAGCUGUCUUAGAAGGUACUACCACUUUAGGUGCUAAAUAUGAAUUCCGUCAAUCAGUUUUCAGAGGUCAAAUAGAUUCAAAUGGUAAAGUUAGUGCAUUUUUAGAAAGAAGAAUCUUACCAACUGUUUCAGUCUUAUUUGCUGGUGAAAUUGAUCAAGCUAAAUCUGCUUCUAAAAUUGGUGUUGGUUUAACUUUUGAAACUGCUGGUUCCGAACAAUUAGCUUUAAUGCAACAAGGUUUAGUUGAUGCUAAUGGUAACCCAGUUCCAGGUGCUCCAUUAUAA